GUGAGCAGCCAGUGAAGCAUCCAGCCUGCCGAACAAGCUUGCUUUUAGGGUCAGGAACUGGUCUGACAAGAGAAUGGCAAUCCUGCCUUUAAACUGUCACUAGGACUGUACAGUUGACGAUGAAUCUACCAGAGCUCCGUGCUCAAAGGCGAAACACUGAGCAAGAGAAUGUGAAGACAUAUUUCAGGACAUUGUGAGUGCUACUAAAGAUGUCUGAUAGUGUUGAUAUUGAAGAGAAACCACCAGCCCCCCCCUUGAGAAUGAACAGUAGUUCCCGAGACUCUUCAUUACUGAAUCACGCCUCUAAACCGCUUCCAAUGGCUCCUGAAGAGAAAAACAAGAAGGUCCGCCUGCGCUCCAUCUUCCCCGGGGGAGACAAGACAAACAAGAAGAAGGAGAAGGAGCGUCCUGAGAUAUCCCUACCCUCAGACUUCGAACACACCAUUCACGUUGGUUUUGAUGCUGUAACAGGAGAAUUCACAGGUAUCCCGGAGCAAUGGGCCCGGCUCCUACAGACCUCAAACAUCACCAAGCUGGAGCAGAAGAAGAACCCGCAGGCCGUGUUGGACGUCUUGAAGUUCUACGACUCCAAAGAGACCGUUAACAACCAGAAGUACAUGAGCUUCACCUCGGGAGACAAGUCGGCACAUGGGUACAUCGCAGCAAACACUCUGAACCGGCUGCUGUCAUCUGGGCCUCCUGUCAGCCUUAGAACCUGCAGCGCAUUAUUUGACAAGGUGCCACACGCAUCCAGUCUCACAUACAUCUCUACCCUCCAGGGUGCCAAAACGUCAUCGUCAGAGCCCCCAAUCGCUCCACCCGUGUCAGAAGAGGAGGAUGAGGAGGAAGAGGAAGAGGAAGAGGAGGAGGAAGAAGAGGAAGAUGACGACGAACUUCCCCCGGUCAUCGCACCUCGGCCCGAGCAUACCAAAUCUAUCUACACGCGCUCUGUCUUGGAGCCAAAGCCUCCCACCCCUGUGAAAGAAGUGUUGACUCCACCGGAGUCGCAGGUCCAGCCGGAUAACACGUCCAACACAAUGUAUCGCCACACUGACCGACAGAGGAAGAAGUCCAAAAUGACAGAUGAAGAGAUUCUGGAGAGACUCAGGAGUAUUGUGAGCGUGGGGGAUCCCAAAAAGAAGUACACACGCUUCGAGAAAAUAGGACAAGGAGCGUCCGGCACUGUGUACACUGCCAUCGACAUAGCAACUGGCCAAGAGGUGGCCAUCAAGCAGAUGAACCUGCAGCAGCAGCCGAAGAAAGAGCUGAUCAUCAAUGAGAUCUUGGUGAUGAGGGAAAACAAAAACUCCAAUAUAGUGAACUACCUGGACAGUUACCUGGUAGGAGAUGAGCUAUGGGUGGUGAUGGAGUAUUUGGCCGGUGGUUCGCUGACAGAUGUAGUGACUGAGACCUGCAUGGAUGAGGGCCAGAUUGCUGCAGUCUGCAGAGAGUGUCUUCAAGCCCUGGAUUUCCUACACUCCAACCAGGUGAUCCAUAGAGAUAUAAAAAGUGACAACAUCCUAUUGGGUAUGGACGGAUCCGUCAAGCUCACCGACUUCGGCUUCUGCGCUCAGAUCACUCCAGAGCAGAACAAGCGCAGCACGAUGGUGGGAACGCCCUACUGGAUGGCACCGGAGGUGGUGACUCGGAAGGCUUAUGGCCCAAAAGUGGAUAUCUGGUCUCUGGGGAUCAUGGCGAUAGAGAUGGUGGAAGGAGAACCGCCCUACCUGAAUGAGAAUCCACUCAGGGCGCUGUACCUGAUAGCUACCAACGGGACUCCAGAGCUCCAGAACCCAGAGAGGCUGUCAUCUGUGUUCAGAGACUUCCUCAACCGCUGUCUGGAGAUGGAUGUGGACCGCAGAGGCUCUGCCAAGGAGCUGCUCCAGCAUUCCUUCCUCAAGCUGGCGAAGCCUCUAUCCAGCCUGACGCCUCUGAUUGUAGCUGCGAAGGAAGCCAUAAAGAACAGCAGUCGCUAGCGUGUGCCCUCUGUCCCCACCCGAGGCAGGAGCCCUGCCUGUGAUGUGUGUGUUUCAUGGGGGCAGGGGCUUGGGUGUAUGGGUGGUGGGUGACAUGACAGCACAAGGAGGGGGUUUUGUGUGACUUACCGUGACAGCACAAGGACAAAAGACCCCCAGGCCUCAUAUGUAGGACGAACAUCUGGCCUUGCAGCCUCUCGGCCCAUGCUGCUGAAAAGACCUUGCCUCCUUGUUUACUUCUCCAGCACUCUGUACAUGUAGAGCAGUCCAUCACAAGUAUGUUAUGUGUGUGUGUGUGUGUGUGUGUGUGUGUGUGUGUGUGUGUGUGUGUGUGUGUGUGUGUGUGUGUACCAACUGUGCACAUCUCUUUGUGUCAUAUGUCUUGUUUGGCAGCAGUCGCUCCCCAAACCAAGAACAAUACGGUGAAAAAAUCAAAAAGAACAUGUGCUAAUUUUUGAGAAGAAGCUUUGGAGCGGAGACUGGGAAACUGACAAAACUAAAGAGCCUGUGAUUCCUUCCCUGCCCAGCUUUAGGCUUGGAUUUAUUUCCCUCCAUGGAGCACAAUCAGGCCACACUUGCACCUGCAGUGACCAGCUGAUGUGAGAGAGUGACUCUGGGACUCCGGACCCAACCUUUGCCUGCAUGACCAUGGCUCGGUGGAGAAACUUUGCUACUCCUCUGCAGAUUGUAACAUCUCGAGGUGGCAGAUAUAUGUGUAUGCGUGUGUGUGAAUGUGUGUAGGGGUGCAGCUACAGGGGAAUAAGUCAGGAAUAAUUUCACAUGACCUAUGCCAGCUUUAAACAUCCUUCAUUAAUCCGCUUCAUAUCGGCGAGGAGAUACGGGUCCCGUAUUUCAUUGUAGUCUCUGUUAUAGACUCGCUGGAGUUCAGGUUACCUGCAGUUCAUUUGCUUAUUUUCUGGCUGCAUAUUUAUCAGAUUGAAUGUUCUGAUUAUUCAAAAAUAUCGAAACACUGUUUGGUCACAAUUUGCCUACAUAAAACAUUGAAUUUAACCAAAAUAUGUGUGACUCAACUGUAGAUCACACUGGUGCAAUUAUUACAUUUUAAAUAUAUAGAGUGUUGUGAUGUAGUUAGAUACACUUGGUCGCACCGACAUGUAGAUGUGUCGCACAUUUAAAUCAACAUUAGCAACUGAACACACGCAGGAAUGAUCAGAAUUACUAUAAAAUAAUGUCAGCUUCAUUACUAAUGCAAGCAAUUGAUCUGCAAUGUUGACAGAUAAUUCUAACGUGCAUGCAUACUGUACAUAAACUGUAGCAUUCAUUGUGUACAAGCAUCUCAAAUAGGAUUAUCCAUAGAGAUUCAGUAUGCGUGGCUUUUUGUACCAGGCUUUGGGAAGACAAUUCAACAUCUAUGAUUAUAAGCCCGUCUUUGUAGUACAUCUGACAAAGAGGUAUGAAAUAGAAAGACAAAUACUAGAUCAGACUCAACAGAAAUAUAAAUGUUUUCAUUUAAAUAUCUAUAUUUAAGGUGCUGGCACACAGUGGACAAACAUUUCAGCCUUUCUAAUAAGCAGACAGUGGCAAACAGAAGAUCAUGUCAUUAUUUACAAAGUGAGUUGAAGGUCUAGUGCCACACUUUCUCACAGUUUCCCAUAGUGCCCCAUGCAUCCCUGUGACCUUAAACCUUAAAGCAGGAAAGAUGCCCCUUGACAACUAAACAAUGCAAAGAUAAAAUACACUGAAUAUACACAAUAUUCAAUCUAAACUGGUCAGUCGGAACAACAAACUGCAACACGACAUGGAGGGAGAAAGACAUUUUCAUUUAUUAUUAAAUCCAUUAUUUGUGGUGACUUCAAAUAACAAGUAUGAACUGAAAAAUGCAGAUAACAUAAAUGAAUCUCCAAUCUGGAAAGGUAUUCCUCUUUUUCCCCCAGAAGCACGAGUCAUUACUAAGUCUUGUGGUCUUAUCAUCUUGGCAGAAUACAUUACGCGACUGUGUCUAUACAUGUUUAGAUUGAAGCCAAUAAAAACCGGGCCUACCUGUUCAGGUGAACCAUUAAUGUCUAAUGAGGCAACGGGAACCAACUGUCCUCCCUGCCCACCUGCCCCCUCCCUGUCUUCUCCUUUUGGUAUUCAAGCUGCUCAUUCAGUGUCCUUUUAAUGGUGUCUUAUGUGUCUUUUUUUCAUAUGAUCUGUCCGUUUUGUAAUGAGCUUUUGGAACACGUGGCGGAUCAGAGAGGGGAAUGUUAUCCUCUGAGAGAGGUAGUGGAGUGGAUGCCAUUUUAUGAUUGUACCUUGUCCUAAUGAGCGCUGAAAACAGAAACCGUAGUACAGGUUCAUUUUGUUUGCUAACAUUCCUUCCAUACCCGGUUAGCGUUUAAACUCAUUCCUGUACAGAAGUUAUCUACAUUGUGUCGGUAUUUGGUAGCUUCGUCUGGCGUUUCCCAUGUAGCAUCCCUCUGUGUGUGAGUGUGUGUGUGUGUCCGUGUGUGUUAGGGGGGGCUACCUCAAUCUGCACUAGAAGAUGCCUCACUCGUGUUGUCCACCUUGACUUUGAGGUGCAGGGUAGCUGCUUAGUCAUAUUGUACCUCCAUUGUACAGCAAAUGUACAGAUGAAGGAGUGAUGUUAGACAGGAGGAUGCAACAGAAUCCAUGCAUGUAAAACAAACUAUACACUGUAUCUCAUCUUCAAAUAGGUUAAGAUUGUUAGGAUAUGUAUGUAUGUAUGUAAAUAUGAUGGGAAAACCCCCCUUUUUCAGAAUUAUGUAACUUAAAACGACAAUAUUCAGGUUGCUCUAUGGUAUGUAUCAAUAAAUGUUUUGCACCCUGAAAAUCAAAAAAGAGAAAAACGAACACACACGCUGUCUCUGCACUCCUGGAUCCGGCUCUCCUGUUUGGGCUUUAUCGGACAUCUGGACAGAGAGCCGAUGAAUGCAGCACUCUGUGUGCGGGCCCACACAGUCUGUCAGUACCUCUGCUGAGUGUUAGUACAUGUAUGUGUGUGUGCGGUAGGUGUGGGUGGCCUGACAGGAAGCUUCGCCGGCCCCCUGGGACGUUUGGCCUCUGCCCCAUGUACAGGUCUGAACUAUGAGCACAAAGGUGAAUUUCGGGACAAGAGACACCGCCGACGUGCCCCUUUUCUGUGGUUGCUCCUGUACAUUCCUAUCUUCUGAAUGUGUAAACCUGUACACGUGGUGUGAAAAUUCCUCUAUUAAUGUGUAUCAAGAGAAUGGAACAAAGACAAAAAAUGUUACUUUUUAAAUUAUUAUUAUCAUUAUUAUUAUUAUUAUUAUUAUUACUCUUAUUAUUGUCUAGCUUUGUAAAACUGCUGAUCCAUCCGGCAUACCUCAGCAGGCCUUUCCCCAUCUUUGAAAAAGGACAAAUGAGCGACGGGGAAAUGAGGUUUUGGAUAAACUAUUUUUAAUUGUGGUUGAAGCAAUAGACUUUUUGAACUUUGAAUUGUGCAUGGCUGUGUCUUGAGUGUAAAAAAACAAACAAAAUAUUGCAGUUUGGGAACUGGACUGAAAUAAAAAGAGGAAGAAAAACCAGA